UGGUCAAACUGUUAAAAAAAAUCUAUGUAAAGAUUCUCCAAUUGCACUAAACAACCAUAAACAAAUAGUUUGUUACAAAACCAGAAAAAGAAUCCCCCUCCCCACAGAGACACACACACAAACAAAAGAAUCAAAUCCAUUUAGUGUUUUUAGGUUGAAACAUUCGAUGGGGCUGCACUUCCUCUAAACUAGACAGGGGGCAAUGACAGGAAAAGAGGCAUGUGUUCAAGUGCUGCACAACAGAAGACAUCAGAAGAACUUCUCACUGCAGCAACUUCAAAAUGUCAGCGUUCUUUCAUUCAAGUGAGUCUGAUGUCCACAUUGAAGUUGGUGAGUAUCAGGAAUUCCCCAAAUCUGAGUGUGCUGCUGUGGAGAGCUCUCCGAAGCCAAAGUUAAGACAUCUCAGCGUGGUUCUGCUGAGCUUUGGCGUGCUGUGUGUUCUUCAAGCGAUUCUGAACAUCACUCUGAGACUUGCUGUGGGUGAGCCCACAACUAAAGGUGAGAAACAAGAAAUUAGCUGUCCACAGGACUGGAUGAUGUUUGGCUCCAGUUGUUACUACAUUUCCUCACAGAGGAGUAACUGGGACAACAGCCGGCAAGACUGUCUGCAGAGAGAAGCUGACCUCGUCAUCAUCAACAGCAAGGUGGAACAGGCCUUCCUCACUGGAUUCACUAUGGCAGCGUGGGUUGGUAUGACGGACAGGGAGGAGGAAGGAUCUUGGAUGUGGGUUGAUGGGACACCAGUGAACAAAGACAGGUUGCAGUGGGCCAAAGGGCAGCCUGAUGGAGCAUUUGGAGGAGAAGACUGUGGUGAUCUUCGCGCAAUGAUUAACUUCACUGGCUUGAAUGAUUAUAACUGCUUAGCUAGGAGCAGGUGGAUCUGUGAAAAAAAAAGUAGAGUAGCUUAACUUGUGUGGAUAUGUUCAUUGCUCCUUCACUUUCCUUUGCUGUCACUAGUCCAGAUCUUGUGUUGGUAAAAAUAAAAGAAGCACAGAGGGAGCAGCAGGGAUGCUUUGUUGAUGAUGAUGUGCUGUCAUUAACCAAGUAAGAAUAUAUUAAAAGCUGCUUACUAUGUCUUUGAAAUGUAGCUGUUCAGUCCAUCUAUCCAUUUUCUGCAUCCCACAGGGGAAGGUCAUUAUAGAUCCAUAUCUGACAGUUAUAAGUUUCUCUUGGGUGCUGAGACCAUGAGCUGUAAAACAGCAUCUGCCCUCAGUCGGACUACAGCAGCGAUGUUCAUUUAUUCCAACCUAAUAACUCCCUGCAGAUCCCAAGUCUCUACAUUGUGAGUGUGACCAGUUGUGUGUGAUGACUGA